AUGAAACUCGAGGACAUCGGCAUAGGAUUCAAGGUUCCUGUAAGAAAGCACGUCGAAGACAAGCUUUUGGUGCUGAAGGCAGAGAUUCUUGGCAAAAGGGCCGGAAAGCACUCCAUGCCUGAAUUCUAUGUCCACUACGUAGAUCUCAAUAGAAGGCUUGACGAGUGGAUCGAUGGGACGCUGAUUGAUCUGAGUGAUCCGGCCCUGGUGGAAGUACCCAAGAAGAAGGCAGAAAAAUUAAAGGCAGAGAAGCAGCGCAAGCAUUCUGAGGACGGAAAGGAGCACGAGGGCACAGAUCCUGUUCUGGAAAAGCCACCGCAUGAUGAGGAAUUCAAAAUAAAGAACAUCAAGAAAAUCAUGAUGAGAAACCAUCUUGUGGAUGCCUGGUACUUUUCUCCAUAUCCAAGGGCAGUAGCAGAAAGCGACAUUGUUUACAUAUGCGAGUUUUGUCUAUACUACCUUGCAACGAUGGAAAGCCUUAUAGAGCAUGCAAGGAAGUGCAACAUUAGGCAUCCACCGGGACGAGAGAUAUACAGAGACGGGAUCCUGAGUUUUUUUGAAUGCGAUGGCCAUAUACAGAAGAACUACUGCAGGAAUCUUUCGCUGUUGUCAAAGCUGUUUCUAGAUCACAAGUCGCUGUACUACGAUAUAGAUGUGUUUAUGUUCUAUGUGCUGUGUAGGCUUGAAGAGAACGGAUACCAGAUAGUGGGAUACUUUUCGAAGGAAAAAGUUUCAGAGCAAGGCUACAACCUUGCAUGCAUACUGACGCUUCCAUUUGAGCAAAGAAAGGGAUACGGACGGGUUCUAAUGGACUUUUCGUAUCUUCUCAGCAAGCGAGAAAAGAUAAUCGCAGGGCCUGAAAAGCCACUGAGCGACCUUGGGCUUCUGAGCUACAGGGCAUAUUGGAUGGAGGCGAUUGUUGAUUAUCUCUCGAGGCACGAAGAAGCAAGCAUCAGCCAGAUCUCAAAGGAAACAUACAUUGCUGAGGACGACAUAAUAGGAACCUUGUGUGCAUAUAAGAUGCUAAAGAUUCAUGGGCAAGACUUUGUCUUCACAUAUGAUGAGGCACAGCUGCAGAAGGCACAGAAGACACGAUCCAAGAGUGUAGAUGGCUCGUUGCUAAAGCUUGCAUAG